GUCCGCUCAGCCGCGACGAAAUGUUGGAGAAAAACCAGGAGUCCGAGGGAAAGUACCGGGAGCAGCGUUUUGGCCGGAGCAUCGGCAAGGAGCGCAACCGCCAGUACGUAGCCGAACAAAACCCGCACAACCAAAUUUUGGCCGCCGUCGCGGCGAAUGCGAAUGCGAAUCCCAAUAUUAACCCUCCUGGUGCUGGUGACGUGUUGCGACAAAGUGGUGACACGGAUGCCAUCCGUCGGGCGAACAUCAAUCGGGGCCGGCGAAUAUCAAAUGCAAAAGUGUCUGGGUCUGGAAGGUUGCAACUUGUGACGCUGUCUUUGGAAGGUAAAAAAGCUCUGUAUUGCAUGACCAGCAAGUCUUGCUGAGAGGAGUGUAGUUUGUGCUACGCGGAGUGGGCGUUUCUCAUGCGGAAUACGCAUCAGAAGGCCCUUUCAAAAUCUGUGAUGCUAGGUCAUGCAUUACAGGCAUCAUGGGUUAUGCAAAAUAUGCAUGACAAGCCUGGCGAUCUUCCAGACCCAGACAUUUUUGCACGGUAUAGCGAACCCGCGGCGCAGCUGCGGGCGGGUCUUCGGGUACUACUGUUUUGCGGGGCGCGGGGCCAUCCGGGUGGUGGACGACAAACGGUGGCUCGAGACGGCUGCUCGUUCGCAAUAAUGGCGUGAUGCAAAUUAUCGGCGACGAGCACCAGUUUUUUGGCACUACUUCUUCUACACAGGCCGCAGCAGAAAAUGAAAACACCGAGCACACGACGGGAGCAGGAAUUACAUCCUCUCCCAACCACACCGACCACAUUUUCCGGCUUGUCCUCCUCUGCUGCCCGCGGUUGGACCUGUUUUGCAUGUUACGGGAGAUCUUGUUCAGUCGCGAGCCAGGGUUCUACUACAACUCUUGGGAUGAAGAUGAACAAACAGAAGACAGCGGAACAAGUAGAGGCAAUGACCAGGACGGUCGUCCAAGCUCCAGCACCACUUCUACGCGGCGUGCAACCGACGCUGUGGCCCCCACUGUGGUGCUGGUAGAUCUUCCCGAGGGCGUACGGUGUCGAGAAAAAACUGUCACAGUCUCAAACCCCUGCGGAGGUGGACAAAUUAGUGAAGCAAAAAACGAAAAAUCUGUGAUGCGUUCAGACAGCAAGAAGAGAAAACAGAUAUAGAGAAGACGACUCUGCUCUUGGAUUUCCAGCAGGACAAAAAACUGUGUCAAGGAAGUUGCGCAUUCCAAAAUGAGACUGAGACAGCCUUUUCUCACGAUAGGGUAACGCGACGGGCAUUUCCGACUUUCUCGACGAAGGCGGCGGAGGACGAGAAGCUGCCUUUGUUGACGCUAGAGGAGCAGCAAUACAGUUUCCCGGCGCGACUACUACAACAAAUGGAUCAGGUGUGACAGGAAAAAAGUGUUACAGUUACACAUUUGUUGGAGUUUCUGCAUCACAAAGUUGCUCGACAUGGCAACGAAAACCCGUGAUGCGCAGACUGUAAGGGAAAACACGUAAGAAAUGAGGUUGGCAAGCAUUUCCUGCAUGACAGAGGUUGUCUGUCUUGCUUGUCUCCCAUCAGAGUGUGUAACUGUAACACUUUUUUCUCACGAUAUCAGGCAAUUACAUCAUCUCCGCCUCGUCCAGUCUGCGACGGCAGCGCUAUCAAAAUGAAAAAUUCCCCCACCCCACAUCAAAACGAAGUCUGUGAUGCUGUAUCUGCGUACACAAAUCAGAUUUGUCUUGCUGGAGAGGACUGCAUGCCCAUACUAAGCCUGAGUAGAGAGGUUUUGGACUAGGCUCUUGGCACGAGAAGCGCCUGCGCUGUAGGCCCAACAGCAUCACAAACCGCCUGCAUAAUGCGGCGGAGCCUGUGGAAUUGCGAUUGCCUUCUUGCAAGACUGAGAUGCUUUGUGGUCGCAAAUCAGCAUUGCAAAUUUUCUGCGACGUACCUUUUCGAUGUGGGGAGGGGGGAUUUUUCCUCACAAUAAGCGCCGGCGUUCGACCUAUUGCGUGCGCGCAGGCGUCGUGCACUGCGCGGCCCUUAUCAAAUGUAAAAAUGUCUGGGUCUGGAAACUUGUAAUGCUGCGUUGGGAAUAGUGGAUGCCCUGUAAUGCACAGGCAAGCAUGAGAAAUGUCUGCGCUUCUUUGUGUUGCGUUUUUCGCAUGACAAACUGCGUUUUUCCAUGACAGGCAGAAGGGCCUCUUCUUGGUCACGCAUCACAAACUUUUUGGUCAUGCCAGACAACCAUGACAAAUCUCGCAAUCUUCCAGACCCAGACAUUUUUGCAUUUGAUAGCCCUUCUGUUUUGCGCAUUGGCGGUCCUGAUUGCAGAAACGAAUUUGCCGGCUCUUGUCGAUCAUUCGGGAAGAUUGGGGGUUCCCUACGGGUUCGAACAAAGCACACCCGUAAGUCGGAUGGAGGAGGCGUGUGCGAUCUUGCAUUCCUCGAAUGAAGUAGAUGUCUAUGCAUUGCAAAUAUGUCUGGGUCUGGAAACUUGUGACGCAACGAAGGGAAGAUCGAGCACUCUGCAAUGUGUUGCCCAGCAUGACAAGUUUUUUCGUGGUUCUGAGUUGCGUAUUCCGCAUGUGAAACUGCGUUUCUGCAUGACAGGCAAGAAGAGCUCUUCUCGGCCACGCGAUACAGAUUUCAGAGUCAUACCAGACUAGCAUGGCAAAUAUCGCAAUCUUCCAGACCCAGACAUAUUUGCAGUUGAUAAUGUCAGCUCGGAAGCGACGACGAGGGAUAGGGAGCCUCUACAUCAAACCGAGACUAUAAGAGCAGCAGUGGGCGAAAGCUCGAUGCACACGACUCAGGAAAUCUUGCAACGAGUUCGAACCUAUCAAAUGCAAAAGUGUCUGGGUCCGGAAGAGUGGAACUUGUAAUGCUGUCUGCGGAUUCUAAAAAUUAAAAUAUCUGUGUUCUUGUUGCAUGAGCAGCAAGAGGAGUCAGUUCUUGGCACUCGGAGAGAAUAUUUUUCAUGCGCAAUGAGCAUACUUAAAGAAGCUCUUAAAAAAUCUGUGAUGCUAGCACCAGCAUCACCGACCUCACGGGUCAUGCAAAAUGUGCAUGACAAGCCCCGACUCUUCCGGACCCAGACAUGUUUGCAAUGCAUAGAACUUCUAGAGCACGUCUGCGAGAUUUGGUGAAAGGUGACAGAUAUGAACUGCAAAAGUAUCGUAUUCGUAUAAAUGCAUGACAAAUUCCCUCAGCAUGAGAAAUAAAAUUUGUAAUGCUGUUUUACCUUGAGAAAAAAAUUUGUAAUGCAUGAUUGCAAUACGAGUACGAUAUUUUUGCACAGGAUAACAGAGACGGGGCGGAGGCCUUGCAGCUGUUGGUCGGUAUAUCAAAUGCAAAUAUCCCUGGAUGUCUGGAAACUUGUGAUGCUAAAAUGUGGACGAUGGAGACAGUUCCGCAUGCAACGGAGCAUGACAACUUUCCAGGAGAACGCUUUCUCAUAGGGAACCCGCAUGAGAAACUGCGUUUUUACAUGUACAAAAGAGGCUCCGACUUUUGUUGAUUAUGCAAUACAGAUUUUCUAGGUAUGGAAAGCUAGUAGCAUUACAAGUUCCAACCGUCCAGACCCAGACAUGUUUGCAAUCAAUACCGUACCACAUCGAGGAAAGGUCGUCGCUCUUGCCAGCUUCUGGCGGACACCGUUGUCGCUGAGUCCGAAUUUCACGAGUUGACGAAGCAAUUCGAAGCGAACCUUGCGCGGCGGGGGAAGCUCGGGGACUGCACGCGUAUUACAAUGAAAAAUGCCCCCUCCCCAUAUCAAAACGGAAAUCUGUGAUGCAGAUUUGUGGCGACAAAUCAGCUUUGUGAUGCUAGAAGGCAAAAGAUGCGGACUGUAGUGCUGCCUAGCGUGGGAGAGCCUUGCAGCUCCAGGAUGACAGGAGGCAACUGGAAGUGGGAAACAGCAUGACAGAUUGCCUGCAACGUAGGGCGCAGCUUCGUCUCUUGGCCUUUUAGCAAUACAAGUCGAUUUGUGUCCUCAAAUACAGCAUCACAAAUUCGCGCAUCUUCCGUUUCCGAUAUGGGGAGGGGGGAUUUUUCACUUUGAUAACGCGGGUGGAAAAUUUCGAAAAGUGGCUGGCGCUCGAGGAUGAAGACAUCUUCCAGGAGACAGUAGUGGAUGCCGGCAAGUAUCAGCGUGGCGCGGCAAGAGCAACGUCUUCUCCUUCUUUAGAAGCAGAAGUCCCUGAAAAGAACUACGCGGAGCAAUCCUCUACUUCCCCCAGGGGAAAUAAAUCCUCUAGAUUUACUUCCUCGUUUUUCGCGCGGCGCGUAAAAGAGCUGCUGGACGCGUUCUCGCUCGCGAGAGAAUGGCGGGUCAUUGGAACAUAUGCAUUGCAAAAGUAUCGUACUAAUAGAAAUUCAAAUUUCAUGACAAAUUGUUGUAGAAGCAAAAAUGCAAUUUGUCAUGCUGCUUUACCUUCGGAAGAAGAUUUGCCAUGCAUGAUUGCAAUUAGUGCGAUACCUUUGCACAGGAUAGAACAAUAAAGUCGCCACAGGCUCCUGCUCCGGCAACAUCUUUUGGGCAACAGACUGCUAGAAGUUUUGCAACUACCGACGGCGUUGCUGAUUUCGACGAGCAGGGCGGGACAGGCAGGAAGCUAGAGCCAAAAAUAGUACAAGAGGUACGAAAGAAACCACUCGAAUUCCACGUGUACCCAAGCGAUGACUCGCCCUGGAAAGUGAGCAGAGUCCCGUCCACUCGACAGCAGCAACUAGAGCCUGGUUUCCCCAGCGUAACGAAGAGCCGCAUUGCGAGGACCCGCAGUGCGGGCGAAGAAGAAAACAGCCACGCCCCCCGCAGAAGGAAUUUUCUACGCAGCGAACAAAGUAGGAGUGCGACAACUCGUCCCGCGGAUGGUUAUUAUCAAAUGCAAAAAUGUCUGGGUCUGGAAACUUGUGAUGCUGCGUGGCGUAUCAUGAGGAUGGAGGCCGCAAGAGCUGCCUCAGCAUGACAAGUUUCUGAGCUUCUGGGUGUUGCCUAUUCUGCAUGACAAACUGCGUUUCUGCAUGACAGAAAAAUGGCGCUCUUGGGUAACGUGCAUGACAGAUUUGAGAGUCAUGCCAGACAAGCAUGACAAACAUGCACUCUUCCAGACCCAGACAUUUUUACACUUGAUAGUGAUCAAACAAAAGCCAAAAAUCCGAGACGAGCUUUUCCUUCUACCGCAGCCGGUCAUAAGAUUUUGACCGAAGAUGAUCCUCUCCCUGCAGCUGCUGCACUCCAGCUGGAUAAGCGCGAGGUAGGGUCGGUUGGCGAAGAGCAUCGCAACUAUUUGUUCCAAGUUCAGAACGGGGACAAAGAGUUUUUCGUGCAGAAGCCGCCGGGAAACAAAUUUAUUUCAAACCCGACAACGUACUGCGGGUUACUGCAGCAGGAGCAGAGUCUGGUUCACUUGUUGGAGCGGCACCAGAAAAUGAAAAAAGCAGGACAAGCUGAAAUAAAUGACGCGAGGAACAAGAAGGAAAAGGAAGGGAAAAUAAACUCCGAUGCUGAUUUAUCACAGGAAAAAAGUGUUACAGUUACACAUUUGUUGGAAUUUCAGCAUCACAAAUUUUCUCUGUGUGACGGAGAAAACCUGUGAUGCGCAGACUAUAAGGGAAAACACGAAUGAAAUGAGGCUGGCAAGCAUUUCCUGCAUGACAGAGGUUGUCUGUCUUGCUUGUCUUCCAUCCGAGUGUGUAAGUGUAACACUUUUUUCUCGUGAUAUGAUUCACAAGACCAUGAUGUAGAUCUCCUCCCCAUCGACGCGGAGAUAUCCAGUGCACAUGUGUCUGGGUCUGGAAACUUGUGAUGCCAUAUACAUGAAUGACAAACCGACUCGACUAGGCAGCCAGGCAUGACAAAUUUCUGAACGGUUCUGUACUGCGUAACCUGGUGCAUCACAACUACCGUUUUGCAUGACAAUAAGACACCACUAUUCCAUAACACGCAUCACAAAGUUCAGGUGUAUGCGGAUUCAGCAUUACAAGUCUGCCAAUCUUCCAGACCCAGACGUAUUUGCAAUGCAUAACAGAUGCCUUUCGAACUGAUGUCCGCCACUUCUUCGCCGGAGCAAAAGCAAAACAAGAUGGAUCCGCUUCUCAACAGCACGUAUCAAAUGCAAAUAUGUCUGGGUCUGGAAGAUUGCCAGGUCUGUCAUGCAGAUUGUGUGUGAUCCAUGAUACCUAUGAUGCAUGAUCUAGCAUCACAGAUUUUUAGAGGGCUUCCUAAUGCCUAUCCCGCAUGAGAAAUGCCAUCUCCACGUAACACAAACUGGACUCCUGUUGCUGGUCAUGCAAUACAGAUUUUCUUGGAAUCCAGAGACAGCAUUACAAGCUCCAACCUUCCAGACCCAGACAUAUUUGCAUUGCAUAGCACGUAUCAAAGAGAUAAAGAGAGGACCGCCCCCCUCGGUGGAACAUCAAAUAAAGCUGAAACGCCAACAACUUCCGACACCAACACCGACCUGUGGAUGCAAGGCAUCCACAGUAAACUUCGGAGUCAGGCUCGGUACACCUUGUUUCCGCCCGUAUUGAAAUGCAAAAAUGUCUGGGUCAGGAACAUUCUGAGACUUGUCAUGCACGGUUUGCGUGAGCCAUGAUCGAUCUGUGAUGCAUGCACUAGCAUCACAGGUUUUCUGAGGGAUUCUUGAUGCCUAUUCCGCAUCACAAAUGCCCCUACUUCCGCGUAGCAAAAAUUAGGCUCCUUUUGCUGCUCAUACAAGAGAAAUUUUUUAGAUAUCCAAAUGCAGCAUCACAAGUUCCAUUGUUCCAGACCGAGACAUUUUUGCAUUUGAUAGCCCGUAGACCCGCCUUAUCAUCCGGAGGGUAGUACAGCGGCGGGUUCAACGUCUGCUGCUAUCGGCGAUGGCCAGGUACUAGUGAACGGAGUGCGGGGCGGGCCAGCAGCAACUACAGUGGAUCUUCCCGCCCAAGUGACGACGUUGACUGCGGAAAGCGAAAGUGCAAGACAAACAGCACUUGAUUCAUCUCAGCAGAGGCUGCGGUUAGGACGGAAAGGUGGAAGUAGUGACCGCGUGUAUCAAAUGCAAAAAUGUCUGGGUCUGGAAGAUUCUGAGACUUGUCAUGCACGGUUUGCAUGAGCCAUGACGUCUGUGAUGCAUGCCCUAGCAUCACAGGCUUUCUGAGGGAUAUUAGAUGCCUACUCCGCAUGACAAAUGCCCUCUCGGCGUAGCAAAAAUUAGAAUCCUUUUGCUGCUCAUGCAACACAAAUUUUUUAGACGUCCAAAUGCAGCAUUACAAGUUGCGUUCUUCCAGACCCAGACACUUUUGCAUUUGAUAGCGUGCCAGACGGAACAGUUCGGGAGAUGAACCAGCGGGGCGAACACCGAGAAAAGAAUUACCCCGACCCGCCGUAUCCUGAGUAAAAACGUACCCACACCAGAGUCAGGAUGGGGAUUUUGCAACACAAACCUAGGAGUUUUGUGAGUCACGCAUGACAAGUUUCAGUCCGUAUGGUAGUGCAAGUUAGCAAGGAAAGCCGCAUCACAAAUCGACCUGCUAAUCCUGUUUACGGCAUUACAAGUUCCCAAACACGAUUGAAAAUGCCUGUCAUGGGGUUGCGCAUCACAAAUGUUCCUGUCAUGGCAAAUCUGCAUGACAACUCUGGGGUGGGGACGUUUUUACACAGGAUACGCCGCAGGAGAUGUUUAUUUACACCUAGAUGUGUUGAACUGCCUCUACGUCUAAUGCCACAUCGAAAGUACGCAUUUUUGUUUUUGUGCAGCUACAGUAUGACGAAUACAGGACACACCUUUGGUGACUUCGUUUCAUUUUUAUGAUGUAUCGCUUAGUUGUACAUGUGCGACUGCUGCAGCAGUUGCACUUCCAGUUGUACUUCUCCACACCUCCCAGUUUGUUGUCUGAAAAAAUGGAACUUUUGCAGUUUUGUUUCCCAUGGCAAUUUCAUCCACUUGUGCCGCCUUUCUACUUUUUCGCUCUUUUAGAAUACAGGCAAAAUUUUUAUUGCACGGCUGUAGUUGUUUUUUUGCAUCAACAAGAGCCGAGAACGAGAUUAUGAAGAGAAUACAGCACAUGAUCGAGGCACUUUACAACUUCCGAACAGGAGACUUGCUCUUCGGGGCGAGCCCGAAGAUUUGAAACAGAAUGAACGUCUAGCGUUAGUAAGAAAUGAUCUAAAAAUAAAUCAGAGGAACGGACGAGAAAGAAGUACUGUUUGUCGUAAAUUUUGUUGCUCCACCUCGAGAGGGCCUUGUAGGUGCACGACGUUGAUGCCACGACGGAGCUAAAGUGCAACUACUUUGGUUUGUUCUCGUUAUUCAUCAUAGUCUCCGACAGCGGAGCUUAUGAAAAACAAGAACACGUGUUGGUUGACGGUGUCUGAUCUCUGAUAGAAGGAUAUCUAGGUCUUUCAUCAAGUUGGAUCCGAAAAGCUACUGAU